AUGCCUGAAUUGGUUUUAUCAUAUGGUGAUUUGGUUGAAAAUUUAAAGAAGAUUGAUGUAUUUAUUUCUGAUGAUGGUUAUAUUGAUGAUUCAUCAAAUUUAUGGGUGAUUUAUAUUCAUGGAGGUGCAUGGAGAGAUGUAAAGCAUGAUUCAAAAGAUGGACAUGCUUUGAUUAAUUUUCUUCGUAGUCAGUUUUAUAGACAAACUAAAGUAGUUUAUGCAAGUAUUAAUUAUCGAUUAUCACCCCAUGUAGUUCACCCUGAACAUUUAAAUGAUAUAAAAGAGGCAAUUGCGUUUCUUAAAAAAUCAUAUAAAUUAAGCCGAUGUAUUCUUAUUGGGCAUUCUGCUGGUGCAACAUUAGGUAUACAAUAUUUUAUGCUUGAUAAUGAGGCAAAAAAUAUUGUAUAUUGUAUUAUUUGUGUGGAAGGAAUAUAUGAUUUAUUGGAAUUGGUAAAUGAAUAUCCUUCUUAUGAGGAUUUUGUAAAGCUGGCUUUUGGUGAUUAUCGACAAGAUUGGAUUGUUGCAAGUCCUUCGUAUUUGGUAUCUAACUAUCUUGGUUCGUCUGCUUGUAAAAUUAUUUUGAUUCAAUCUGAAGAAGAUGAACUUUUAAGUAUGAGACAAACAAAUAUUAUGGCAAAGGCUAUUUCUCAUAUUCAGAAUCCUAAUAUUACAUUUAGUUUGAAAAAAGUGAAAGGAAAACAUUUUGAUGUUAUAAAAAAUGAUGAUUUUUUUUAUAUAAUUAAAGAGGUUGUUCAAUAUUAUUUAUAA